UUUCAAAGAAUAUGUACUUGUUCAUGGAAGUGGAAAAUUUCAACUCUAAGUAUCAAAAUAUUCAGAAGAUUACGAAUGUGGAAAUCAAAAGAGCCCAGAUACUGUUCUGUAACUGCUGCCUCUUAAAAUGUAGAGAGUUCAGCUCCCCUAUCCUUUACAAACCUCAGCUUCUUGGAAAUCUCUGCUUAAUUCUGCCAGGACAUUACUUGUUCAGCUUCAAAGUGUUUCAACAACACCAUGCAAGACAAAAGCACUGCAGAAAUCAUUCUAACACUAACAACCACUAACACUAUAUUUAACACUAAAUUAUAUAUGAUUAUAUAUGACAUAAGCACAUUAGCUGACUUUUCCAUCACUGGAUAAUAAAUUUGAACAGAAGUCUCUUGCAAUGACCAAAAAAAAUAAAAUAAAAUAAAAUAAAAUUCAAACUGUUCCAGCCUUUCAUUUUCUUGAUUAUUCACUCAAUAAUUGUGAAUGGAGUUGAUUUGGGAAAUAAAAGUUUAAAUGUUUAAAGAUCAGAAAGUGGUUGAAAUCUCUGACUGAACAAUGCUAAACACUUCAGUGGUCUCAAAGAGUUAACAUUAAAACCAUGACUAAUUGCUGAUAAAAAAAAAUCUAAUGAAUAAUAUCUGUUUAAUAAACCACACGCGGCAGCAGAAAAAAAUAGAGUAUCAGUGGUAGGGAUACCCUGGCAAGGCUGAAUUUUAAAAGUGCAUUUAUUUCUACUAGGUUUAAUUGCCAAUUAAUAAAACAUUAUAGUGAUGAUUCCACAGUAUCAAUAAACAGCCUUAGAGACAGUGAGAACAGUAUGAGUAAUAUCUUUAGAAACAGAGGAGAAAAAUUCACAAAAGGAUCAUCUGACUUUCUGUUGUUUAUUGGGCCCAAGCAGGAGGCAUUCACCUGUACAAGUGAAAAACUCAGGUGGACAAAGAUGGGCUCUGCUCCCCCCGGCCAGCCCAACAUAGUGCUCACUGCUCACACUGCUCACUGCUCACUGCCCUGGAUGCACGCAGUGCCUGCCACCCCACCGGUUCCUCACGGCCCCAGGAAAUGUACACACAGAUGUGUGAGGAGCCUUCCCCUCUCUGCUUAAAGGGGAAACCUUUCCUAAAAGGAGCCCAAAAGCCAACCUCAGUGAAGCUUCACAGAGAGAAGACAGCCAUUUGAUUGUAGCAUGCUCUGCUGCUGCUGCUGCUGCCGCUGCUCCCCCCAUACACAAGUGUUGCUAAGCUGUAAUGUUAGGUGAUGUUCAGCAUGCUGUCUGUGAGCACACUAACCCUUUGUUCCACGGGGCAGCCGUUGUUGCUAUUGAAAAAGAAGGAAUUAUGCUACUCAGUGACUUACACACCAUGCAUGUGAACAGCAAACCGCUCUCCUUUCCAAAACAGUUUUUAUCUACGGCACAGAUAAAGCCAAACCUCAUUAGGCUGCUGCAGUGCUUGUAUUGGUGUGGAAUGCUUCCAUCAGCUGAAAAUGGAAGCUUUCAUCACAAAAACUCACCAGACCGACAAGUCUUCAGCAGCACUUCCAAAGUAACAGUAUGAAAUCAUCUCAGUGCCACACACACAUCUUAUACGUGAAGAAUAACCAUAACUGAUACCUCUCUAUGUACCACUAGGGAUGCCUUCACUUUCUGUGCUGCCCUGCUGUACGAGCAGGUACCACAGAUCAAUACCUAAUACAAGGAAAAUGUGAAAAAAAGCUCCAUACAAACUGAGAUCCUUGCACCGUAAAUGAAGAGGAGUGUUUAACUCCAGAAGCAUUACACACAAUUUGGCCAGCUGAUACUACAAACACAUUGCAAAGCAUUAAAAACAAGGUGCCCUUUAGAAGAGCAUUACUCAUUUCUGUGCGGAACUCUCAAAACUCUGUAAACUUCCUAGGUGUAAGGACAGAAAGAGAAGUGGUUUUUAUCCCCUCCUUCCCUCACACAGUUAAAUGCAAAUUCCCUCUACAGUCAUAUUCCUGCCAUCUCCCUGCAUACACAGCUGAUACGCCACCUACUGCAAAACCCAGCUGACAGCCCGAGCAAUGCUAGCAGCAUUUCCAUUCCAACAUCGUGCCUGAGCUGAAGAAAGGUGCUCUUAAAUAAAAAUUUCUCUUUCCAAGCUGACAAGAACAAAGCAAGAUCGCUGUGCCUGCUUCGAUAAUGGAGAGAAAAUCAAACAGGAGAGCAAAGGAAUCUGAAGAAAACCACAGCAACUUCGAGGGCUCUGAGCAAGACAAGGACUAUAAAACGUCUCUGAUUACUCUGAAUGUUGGUGGCUAUCUGUACAUCACACAAAAACAAACACUAACCAAGUACCCAGAUUCUUUCCUCGAAGGUAUCAUCAACGGAAAAAUAAUGUGCCCGUUUGAUGCAGAUGGACAUUACUUCAUAGACAGAGAUGGACUCCUGUUCAGACACAUUCUGAACUUCCUACGAAAUGGAGAACUUCUUCUACCGGAAGGGUUUCGAGAAAAUCAACUUCUGGCACACGAAGCAGAUUUCUUUCAGCUGAAGGUUUUAUCGGAUGCAGUGAAAUCGAGGUGGGAGAAGGAGCAGCUCGCAUCUCGAGAGACCACUUUCCUGGAAAUAACUGACAGCCACGACCGCUCGCAGGGGCUCCGGAUCUUUUGUAACGCUCCUGAUUUCAUUGCAAAAAUAAAAUCCCGAAUCGUACUGGUGUCUAAAAGCAGGCUGGAUGGAUUUCCAGAGGAGUUUUCAGUCUCUUCGAAUAUAAUUCAAUUCAAAUACUUCAUAAAGUCUGAAAACGGUACGCGGCUUGUGCUGAAGGAGGACAACACCUUCGUCUGCACCCUGGAAACUCUUAAGUUUGAGGCAAUUAUGAUGGCUUUAAAAUGUGGAUUCAGACUGCUGACCAGCCUGGAUUGUUCCAAAGGAUCUAUUGUUCACAGCGAUGCACUUCAUUUUAUCAAGUAAUUACAAAGGCAGAGGAAACAAGCAUGCAGUCGGCAGACCUCCUUUAACGGCAGCGUCCUGGCAUCACAGAUCUCGUAUCCAACCAGCCCCGUACCACACAGCUCGGCUGCUCAUCGGUUAAUGUGAGCUAAUGGUAUGUAAAUCUCAUAACGACAUCCAUCUCCGGCUUAUUCGAGCUGAAUGAAAUUUUUAUUAAAUUCAGGCAUCAGAUUUAUCUGCUAACCACUGUAAACAGAGACCGAAUGCUUUCUGGUAUUUGUACUAUGUUUUUCUCAUGCUGUUUUUCAACCGGGAAGUCUCGCUGGAUUUCUGUGUACUUGUAUGACUAACACGCAUACACCUAACUGCUGUGCCGAGCAGCACGGAGACUAUUCUCAUACAACAGGCAGGCUCACAGUAUGUUCUGCUCCUCAUGAAUUCAGAAUGGAUUUUAACUGGAAUAAAUGUUUUUAAAUGUUCCUUAGUGUUGAUGCUAAUUUGUUGUUACGCUGAAUUUGCACAAAGAAAAACAAAAAACCAAACGUGGUAUUCAAAGAGGGUUUUAAAAUUAAUCUGCUUGAUUCUAAAGUUAAACAACUCUGAUUUCAACUCUCUUGCAAAGAAAUUUACAGCUGUGCUACUACACUAAUAGCAACUGCUAAGAACAUGUCAGCCAACCCAUAAUGCUGGGGGGUCAGUUCUAUGAUGGGAAAUGAGUUGACUGUGCAGAGAAUGUUACAUUUUUCUGCAUAUAUCUAUUUAUCAGAUGGCUAAUAAAAAUGUUUGGCAUAAAAUUUCAUGUAACAGGUUUCCAACAGUUUUGUGUAACAGGUUUCCAACCUCUUCUAAUGCUGAAGUCACUACUUUCCACUAAUCACUGGUGAUCAUAGAGACAGGCAAUUAGAGCCCUGCACAACAGCUUACCAAAAGCAAGUAGUAGUAUUAGUUUUGAAUAGAUCACCUGUUGCAUUUAGGAAGCAUCAAUGUAAGCGAUGGAAUAAAUACCUUCUUUCUUCUCAUCUGCACAGCUUAUUAAAUCUUCCCAUUUGUAUUUUAAACUGAGUUUACAAAGCAGUCACUCCACAAAAGCUAAAUGAAAAAUCAUCAAGCAACGCAAAUGGAAGCUGCUCAAACUCUGAGUUUAAGCUUUGACCAUCAGUGAACUCUACCACCACAAACAGCUGAAAUGAACCCAAAACUCAAGUGAAAUGCUAUUAAAGAAAGCAAACCCAUCCAAGUGGUUUCUUAGCUUUCCCAGAAUAUCUGCUUUGUACAGAAAAAAGAAAGCAAACAUUAAGAAUGCACAAAGAAAAAGCAGUAUAAUCCAUGCUAAAGUGACAACUGAGGAAAACAGACAAUAUCUGAUAGGAAGAGAACAGCCUUCUUUUGGAUUUUGGAGGGAAUAAAUCCAUCAUUAGUAACAGUGACCAGGAAUACAAUGCCAUACAACAACUCCCUCCUUACCCUCCACUGUCAAACUCUGUUCAUUGUAACAUACAACGGCUGCUGAUAUCAGAGACCCUACAGAAGAACUCACAGAGGGAGACCAGACAGAAGUGACUGAACAAUAACCUGCUAUGAUUUUAUCUAGUAGGAAAAUCCACUAUCUCCAGAAUACCUCUUUAGAACAAACCCUCGGGCUAGAAACUUUUCUGUCCUCCCUAUGUUAAAAACAUAACGAUUAAAAAAGAUGUGGCUUUAAGUGGAACUUUCCCAAACUGUUUAAAAUUUGCAUCACUGUAAAUUUCAGGCAUGCAAGUCUGUGUGUCCCAGAACUGACCCACGUUAGUCCAAAUGCAUUAACCACCCUCAAAAGAUAUACAGUAAAAUGUAAUUUCUUACAUACGCACCACUUUUACACUUUUAGACCAUUUCAGCCAGCAUGCUAUCGCUUUGUACAUGUCCAACACCCUCCUUCACCACCACAAUUGUCAGAAAUCCUCACUAAUCACUAAUCUUAUACUUUAAACUAUCACUAGAACUUCUGUGGAAAGUAAAUGCAAUAGCUUACCUGAAACACAUUCAAAUUCCUGCUGAUCUGCUAGGACAAGUACAAGGAAUACCCUCACACCUUCACGACUCUGUGAAACUCAUUUGUAGACACACUUCUUCACACGAGCAAAACAAUAAAAGCACUGGGACAAUCUAACCAAGCUCCUUCUAUAAUCUACAGGUUUUAAAGGCUGCUCUCAGUGUUGUCAAAUAUACAGCCUGUAUAAGCACAAUGUCUGAAGAAUUUGCUCCUCACCCAUUUUCACUUAAAUGCUUUUGGUUGUAACCUUCAGUUAGAAUUAAUCUUUGGUUGGGAUUUAAAAUGCUGUUCCGGUUAAGAAGAAGAAAAUAAAUAAAUUAAUUUUGAUUCCAAACCGUUCAUAAAAAUCUGUCGUGGUUGCUUGCCUUUCAUUUGGGCUCUUUGGAAUUGUUAGCACCGUUGUAUCAGAAAGAAGCACCAGUCGCCCACCUCAGUAGAACUUCACUCAUGAAAAAGAAGCAGAGUUCGAUGGCUCUGCAUUUACUAUGGAAAGUACUUUUGUAAUGUAAGCUAUUCACAAGUUGGUAAUCAUAGGUAACGUUCAAACCACUUGAAAUACUUUCUAAGAAUAUUUUGCAGCUAUUCUUAAGAGUCUUACUGGAAAGCUUUUAUUCGCCAGCAUUUGGUUCAGAGUACACCCUCCUAAUGUAUGAAAACAAAAAAAGCUCUUAAAUUAUUUUUGUUAUUAUUUUUGAAGUGAAAAAUUACAUAACUAUGCGUACCUCUGAUCAAAUGUACCCACUCAGCUGUUGGAAUCACAGAGCAGAAACAGAAGGAAGAUGGGGAUAACAAAAUCAUUGUCUUCCAGGUUCACACUGAACAAACCCACAAAUACAUAGAAUUAUACAGUUACCAUUGCAUUGUAUGUUUCCUUUUUACUCCAUAAAUAAAUGUAAUAAAAUGCAAAUACACUUUGCAUAUGUUCACUCGGGUGGGUGCUUGUGCUCCUAUCGCUGUGUCAGAAGAGACAGUGAGUUUUUCUUUUUCUGCCUUGCCUUUACAAUUGGAAAUUGUAUACUUAAGGAUACUACAACAAAAAUAAAUCACAAAAUCAAGUGCUUGGGUCAGAA